AAUGGAAAGUAGAAAGUCAAAAGGUGAAGGAGAGUUGCUAAAUUGGGAUGAUAUCCAGAAAAUGAAGUAAUCAUGGAAUGUAGCAUGUGAAGCAAUAAGGCUAAUGCCACCAGCUCAAGGUGCUUUUAGAGAAGCAAUUACUGACUUCACAUUUGGAGGACUUACUAUCCCAAAAGGAUGGAAGACAUUUUGGAAUGUGUAUUCAACACACAAAAAUCCAAAAUAUUUUCCAGAGCCAGAAAAAUUUGACCCUUGUAGAUUUGAAGGAAGUGGACCAGCACCAUACACUUUUGUACCAUUUGGUGGAGGACCAAGAAUGUGUCCAGGAAAAGAAUAUGCAAGAUUGGAAAUUCUUGUUUUUAUGUAUAAUGUUGUUACCAAUUUCAAGUUAGAGAAAUUGGUUCCACAUGAAAAAAUUAUUUACCAAUCAUCACCUGUACCUCUCAAUGGUCUCCCUGUUAGGAUUCAACCCCAUGGAAAUUUAGCUUGAAUCAUCAUUUGUGUCUCACAAUAUGUAUGGUGAUUGUCAUCUCGUUGCUUAUUCAACCGAACCUAUGAAUACAAUCAAUAAGAUU